UUCAUGUUUGUUGUAGUGUAGUAUAAUUUCUUUUUUCAACGUUACGAUUGUUGUCGCUUUAAGAAUUUCCCGCUCUGCUUGAUCGUCGUUCAUCAAGUGUGCGCGCGCGGGCGCGGUCCUGACAGAACUUAAGAACACGAUUUCGUCGAGCAUUUUUUGGACACAUUUUUCAGGUAAAUGCGAGAUAAUGUUAUAUAUUCAUAUUUCUUCACGUAUUGUGCUAUGUUGUGUUGAUUUUGUCUAAUUCGAUGUUCCCCUGCUUAAAGCCCGCGAAAAGUAAGUUAAUGCGUCAUACGUCAGACUGGCCGUUGUACGACGGAUUUGGGAAGCGCCUUCAAAAGUUCAGAAUGGAGUUGGGAAAAAUGAAUACCACACAAUUAAUAAAGGAGCUUAUGCAGUUUGGCAUCGAAAUCACUGAUGAGGAGAGGAAAAAAUUUGAGGACAAUGACGUAGAUGGAGAGACUGUUGACAUUGGGCUGACGGAGUCAAUGGUUUCAUUCCUCUUUGAGGGAUCAUUUAAGAAGCAGGCAAAAUUCCACCGAUUUGUCCAACAGAUGAAGGAAAUGGUGACAUUAACGCUUGAAGCUGUGCCUGCAGAAUGCCUUUUUCAGUCUUCAGCUGGAGCAAGCAAUAUAAGCCCAUCAGCAGCUUAUCCUGCACUUUUUGAAGUUCCUAAGUUUCCUUUUGAUGUUCAGGCUAAGUUGGACCAAAAACAAAGCAAACUUGCAGCAUCCGAUAGGAUCAAAAUUAUAAGAACAUUGUAUGAAAGCAUGGCUCAGUACAGUAUGUAUCCGACUAAUGAAGAGUAUGUUCAAGUGGCUAAGGCCCUUAUUCUGAGGUACCCCUUUUUAAAGGACAAAGAGGGCAAUGGAUAUCACACAUGGCACAUGUCUCUGAAACGCAAGUUUAAAUUUGAACGGACACCUUUGGCUGAUGUUGAAGAAGUGAAAAGACUUAAACAGAAGUUUGGUCAUUCAAAAAAGUCUCAGGAACCUGAAAAAAGCACUUGCAAACAAAUGAAAAGGCCUGUGGACAUGGAUGUUGCUGGAGAGGAUGCUACCUCAAUAGAGGGACAUGUGAAAGUCCUACAGGACCAAUAUCGAAAGACACAGCCAGAUGUUCGUAUUGUUGAAGAGCGAAUGAGGAGGACCUUUGCCUGGAGGCGUAAGGAGAUUAUUGGUGGGAUGACUGUUGAAGAUGCUGUCAACAAAUAUCCGUUCUUGAAGAGUUCAUCAGGGCUUUAUCAAGAAAUUGGUUUCCUGUACAAGUCUGUUAAUCUUUGCCGGCACUUUCAAGAAAGCUUUGGAAACAUUGCAUCCAGUGUGCUACAACUUGCUUGCGGGAAAUCUCUUUUAGCAAAGCCGCUCAUAGAAGCUAGAGAAGAAUCUCUCGUUGAAGACCAUAAUGGAAUUGAUUUCAAAGCAGCACUUCUCAUGUUGCCAGUCUUGUUCAGAGAAAAGCUUGAACACUUCAUUGUGCUUGGGGAGAGUGACCCAUCUUCACCAUAUCCAACUGUUCAAGUACAGGAAACCACUGACUGGAAAACUGUGCUUACAAGAAGAGUCACUGCUGUCAUCAGAGUUGAUGGGAUAGAGAUCUGCCGGGCUAGCGGUGUGGACGAAGGGGUUCUUUCUGCAUUCUGUGCCUAUUUCGUCUUCAAUUUGACAUAUCCACCUCACUUGAAGAACACUCUGGUGUUUCUUCAGCGGUAUGUUUUGAAACUUACUGUGGAUAGUGACAAGCCUCUACCUACUCCAGUUACCAGAGUAAUCAACCUUUUACAGUAACAUCUGCAAAAAUGCCUCGCCCGUUCUGUUGUCCUAAAUGCUCUCGGAGAACAUUCACAAUUGUCAAAUUAAUCCAGCACAUUGGUCUCAUUCAUGCACAUGAGGCAAAUUUUUCAAUAACUUGUGGUCUUAAUGACUGUCAGAGAACAUUUUCAAAGUACGAGUCCUUUAGAUGUCACGUUUACCGAAAGCAUAAACAUACGGUGUUACAACAGACUAUGACUGAUGAUCCUCUUCCUUUCUUUGAGGAUGUUGAGGAAGAAUGUCCUAAUGAUAGUGUUGUACUGUCUGCCCCCCCUCCAAACAUGAAGGAGCUGUUUCAGCAAUUUAGAGAGAACCUAUGUGCCUUUGUUCUGAAAUGCAGAGAAAAAAAUCACCUGCCUCAGUCAGUGCAGCAAGAAAUUUUAGAUGAUGUAAAUUUCUUAUUUAGUUUUUUCAAAGAAAACUAUGACUCAUUUCUUGCAUAUCAUCUAAAAGAAAAUGGAUUUGAUCUUGCUGCAUCCCCAGAACUUCAAGAAGUGCUACAGUCCCCUGACUUUUUUUCAGAGGCCUCGAGACUUGUUAGGUCUCCACACAUGUUCAAAGAGUAUUGCAAAUCAAAAUUUGAGUUGACUGAGCCUGUGCAGUAUACACUAAGAGACACGUAUGGUAAUAAGACUGGAAGUUACUCGUACAUUCCUAUAUGUGAGGUAUUGAGAAAAUACUGUUCCCAUGAGGACAUCUGGGACCAGAUACAAACUGAGUUGAACACUGAAAAAGAUGAACUUGUUCUAAAAGAUUAUCGAGAUGGACUUCAUUUCAAAAACCACAAAUUCUUUGCAAAUAACCCACAAGCUCUGAGACUGCAUCUUUAUGAAGACGAGUUUGAGGUGUGUAAUCCUCUGGGUUCAAAACGUAACAAACACAAACUGUGUGCAUUUUACUAUACAAUUGGAAAUAUAGGUACAAAGUAUUGUUCUCAGUUAAAACAUAUUCAUUUAGCUUUACUUGCUCGCUAUAGCCUUGUGAAACAAUUUGGAUUAGAUGAAAUUUUGAAGCCAUUGAUAGAUGAUCUUAAAAAGCUUUCAUCAGAAGGAAUUAAUGUACUUGUUGAUGGUGUGGAAAAAAAUGUUCGUGCAGCUGUUGCAGUUGUAUCUGCUGAUAACCUUUCCUCUCACUUAAUAGGUGGAUUCAGCAUGUCAUUUAAUGUUGGUAGAAUUUGUAGAUACUGCAUGGCCACUCAUGGCAACAUUAAGAGAUGUUUUAAUGAAUCUGACUUUGUUUUAAGAACUACUGAUGUCCACAGAUACCACUUGGAGUGUGUAAAGGAAAAUCCUGACACGAAAGCCAUUUAUGGUGUUACCAGAGACUGUCCUUUUGACAAACUGGACUACUUUGAUGUCACUACCUCACUUCCUCCGGAUGUGAUGCAUGACUUUUUAGAAGGUGUAGUUCCUCUAGUGUUGCGCCUUGUUUUAAGUAAAGCUCACAGAGAAAAAGUCAUAACCAUACAAGAGUUUAACGAGGAGCUGAGGAAACUUACUUUUGGACAGAAUGAUAAAAAAAACAAGCCUGUUCCUCUUUCUGAAAAACUUCUACACAACUUGAAUGUAGUAGGGUCUGCCACUGUUUAUUUCGCCUACUGCCCUUUUUGGUAGCACACAGAAUCCCAGAGGGCUGUAGCUAUUGGCAUGUCUACUUACUUUGUCGUGAAAUUUCUGACAUUAUAAUGGCACCAGUUGUAAAAAAAGAAUGGCUUCCCACUCUUGAUCUCUUAGUUUCUGAGUUUUUGUCAUGUACAGUUAAAGAGUUUGGUGAUGUUCUUACGCCAAAAUGUCAUUAUUUAAUCCAUUACUCUCGUUUGAUGCGAUGCUAUGGGCCUUUGCGUUCUUUAUGGUGUUUAAGGUUUGAAGGCAAACAUCAAUAUUUCAAACAGGUCGCUAGCGCUUGUAAAAAUUUCAUUAACAUUUCAUCCACUUUAAGUAACCGACAUCAGCAUAGACAAUGUUGGGAAUUGUCUUCUGUUAAUAUGUUGGGGGAAUAUGAGAAAGUUGCUGGAUGUUGUGUGAACACACCCUUUCAGUCUUUACCUUCAGCUCUCCAGCAUUCAAUAAGUGUGAACAAGAAGUACAGCCAUGUCAAUUUUGAAGGCAAACAGCUUCAACGAGUAACAGAAGUAGAGAUUAAUGAUGUCAAAUAUUGUGUUAAAGAUGUGUUUACUGUGGGUCACCUCCAUGCAGAAGAAGUUCCGUUAUUUUUUCAGAUUAAGUACAUUCUUAACAUGGACACAGACUGGUUAUUGUGUGGCAAGCUGUUAAUACCUGAAUCUUUUUGUCGUCAUUAUUAUUCAUACUGUGUGAAAUAUGAAAAUGAAUGGACUGUCCUUUCACCAGGUGAGGAGGUUGAUUACCAGGCACUAGAUGCCUACAGUGUUGAUGACAAAUUAUUUAUUAGCAGUAGGUAUUCUUGCUGAAAAUGCCCUUUGCUAUUAACUUCAAUGUGCAGCACAUGACAUAUAGCCUAAUAAUUAGCUAUAUAUCAGUUCUUGUAUUUUUUUCUGAUUUGAUUUGUAAGGAUUCUAGUGUAAAGACAAUUUCUUGUAUUCCUGUUAAUUUUAUUGAAAAGGUUGCUGUUUUAAAACUGUUUUAUAUCUCUGUUUAUAUUUAAUGUCUGAUGAGCUUUUAUGUGCUAUGAACUUGUCUAUUUUUGCACCUGCUGUUGUGGUAUGAUGCAAUACAUUUCAAGUAAUUCUAUUCAAGUAGGUAUUCUUGCUGAAAUGCCCUUUGCUAUUAACUUCAAUGUGCAGCACAUGAAAUAGGCUGAUAAUUAGCUGUAUAUCAGUUCUUGGAUUUUUUUCUGAUUUGAUUAAGGAUUCUACAGUAAAGACAAUUUCUUGUAUUCCUGUUAAUUUUGCUUGAAGAGGUUGCUGUUUUAAAACUCUUUUAUAUCUGUUUAUAUUUAAGUAAUGUCUGAUGAGCUUUUAUGUGCUAUGAACUUGUCUAUUCUUGCACCUGCUGUUGUGGUAUGAUGCAGUACAUUUCAAGUAAUUCUCUUUGUAAUAGAAAGUUUAUAAAUAAAAUUGCAUCUGUAAAAUCUGCAUGUCUGUAA